AUGCGAGGCCUGGGGUCCGCCUUUUGCGUCCUCCUGCUCGUCCUGGGGCUGUCCCUGGUGCCCGGGGCGCGCGCUCGGAAUGUGCUGCUCAUUCUCGCGGACGAUGGAGGCUUUGAGAGCGGGGCUUACAACAACAGCGCCAUCACCACCCCACACCUGGAUGCCUUGGCCCACCGCAGCCUCAUCUUCCGCAAUGCCUUCACCUCCGUCAGCAGCUGCUCUCCCAGCCGGGCCAGCCUCCUCACCGGCCUGCCACAGCACCAAAACGGGAUGUAUGGCCUGCACCAGGACGUCCACCACUUCAGCUCCUUCGACAAGGUGCGGAGUCUGCCGCUUCUGCUCAGCCAGGCCGGUGUCCGCACAGGCAUCAUUGGGAAGAAGCACGUGGGCCCCGAGGGGGUGUACCCGUUUGACUUCGCCUACACGGAGGAGAACGACUCAGUGCUCCAGGUGGGACGCAACAUCACGCGGAUCAAGCUGCUGGCUCGGAAGUUCCUGCAGUCUCAGGAUGACAGGCCCUUCUUCCUGUAUGUGGCCUUCCACGACCCCCACCGCUGUGGCCACUCCCAGCCCCAGUAUGGGCCCUUCUGUGAGAAGUUCGGCAAUGGGGAGAGAGGCAUGGGCCGCAUCCCAGACUGGACUCCGCAGACGUAUGACCCCCAGGAUGUACAGGUACCGUACUUUGUCCCAGACACCCCAGCUGCCCGGGCCGACCUGGCCGCACAGUACACCACCAUCGGCCGCAUGGACCAAGGGAUCGGCCUUGUGCUUGAGGAGCUGCGGGCAGCCGGUGUUCUGAACGAGACCCUGGUCAUCUUCACGUCCGACAACGGGGUCCCCUUCCCCAGCGGCAGGACCAACCUGUACUGGCCAGGCGUGGCAGAGCCCCUGCUGCUGUCGUCCCCGGAACACACACGCCGCUGGGGCCAGGUCAGCGAGGCCGUUGUGAGCCUGCUCGAUCUGACCCCCACCAUCUUGGACUGGUUCUCCAUCCCCUACCCCAGCUACGCCAUCUUUGGCUCGAAGACCGUGCGGCUCACCGGCCGCUCCCUCCUGCCGGCCCUGGACUCUGAGCCCCCCUGGGCCACCGCGUUUGGCAGCCAGAGCCUGCACGAGGUCACCAUGUCCUACCCGAUGCGCUCCGUGCAGCACCAGGGCUUCCGCCUGGUGCACAACCUUGGCUUCAAGAUGCCCUUCCCCGUCGACCAGGACUUCUACGUGUCGCCCACCUUCCAGGACCUGCUGAACCGCACGCGCGCCGGCCGGCCCACCCGCUGGUACAAAGACCUGCACGGUUACUACUACCGCGCGCGCUGGGAGCUGUAUGACCACCGCCGGGACCCCCACGAGACCCACAACCUGGCCACCGACCCUCGGUAUGCCCAGCUGCUGGACACACUCAAGACUCAGCUGGCCAAGUGGCAGUGGGAGACCCACGACCCCUGGGUGUGCGCCCCCGACGGGGUUCUGGAGGAGAAACUGUCACCGCAAUGCCAGCCACUCCACAAUGAGCUCUGAGCGUCCUCAGUGGGCUGAGCUCAACCCC